AGCACGGGUGUCACUGUGAACUGUCAAUACACUCACCUGGCCAGGUGAGCGACUUGUCAGCCUCCCGGGUUGUCAGGUGGAAAAGCGGGAACCUUUUCAUGCACCAGGAAACAACCGGAUUAAUACGCCGAGAGAACCGAUCUUGAGAAAUGGACAAAUUAAAGUCGGUUUUAAGUGGCGAGGAGGGGCGCAGUGACAACCGGACUAUUUUAGAGGCGGCCAAUGAAGCGUCAACUUUAGGCUGGGGCACCCGUGUGAAAGGAUUCAUCGGCUGCUUUGUGGUGGGGGUCGUGUGCACAGUGCUGGGUGUGUGUUUGCUCUUCCUCCCCAGGAUCGGGCUUAUCCUCUUUAUUGUCUUUUACACAUUUGGAAACAUAUGUUCUCUGUGCAGCACCAUGUUUCUGAUGGGUCCUGUGAAGCAGCUGAAAAGGAUGUGUGACAAAACAAGAGCACUGGCCACCACCAUUAUGAUAACGUGCCUCGUGCUGACUCUCUGCGGAGCCUUCUGGUGGAAGAACUUUGGUCUCACUUUGUUAUUUUGCAUCUUGCAAGUCCUAUCAUUUGCCUGGUAUGGAUUGUCGUAUAUCCCGUUUGUAAGGGACGCAAUAAUGAGGAUGGUGGCCAUCUGCAUGAAGUGAACAUCGUGUGGAGUCACUUUUGGGGUGAGGGAUCAGGCUUGAUGAAGUAUCUUACAGAAAGGGGCAGGUCUCCUGUUGAUGUUGCUGAAAUGGCCUGGACUCAUACACACAACUGCAUCAUCAGGGGGUCUAGUCAGCUCUCUGCAAUCACUGACCUCUUCAGUUUACCCUUAAAAAACAAAACAAAACCAAAAAAAAAAGACUUCUCUUGUCAUCUCAAACGUCAUUAUUUUUAUUUCACUAAUAUGUUUGAUUCCAUUCCUGGGGUGUUUAGGCUAAUACUCCUCUUUUAGUGCAAUUUUAAUAAAUGUUGACUUUAUUGUGCAGUUGUUCUAAAUGCUUGUAAUAAAUGUAUUUAUUGACGGUU